AUGCGCACACUAUGUGUUGACACUGUCAGUACAGUAGUUCUUGGUUCUCGUCUCCGGCGGACUAAAAUGUCUUUUACGGGUUCGUUUGGAAGGUGACGCGUUCUAAAACAAGGGAUACACAAGGUGAACUGACACCAUGCUGAAGUGGUUUUCUGGAGAGGAGGGCGAGCCUGGCUCGGGGGCCCCUGGCUCCCCCCAAGGCACCACCGCGGCUACAGCUGCUGCUGCUGCUGGAGGUGGUGGUGGGGGUGGGGAUGUGACUCUGGGAGAAGUGACGGAGCGUUUGGCCCAGACGGAGCUGCUGGUGACUCAGCUGAAAGAGAUGAUCCGAGAGAAGGAUUUGACUCUUCGCGGCAAAGACGACCAGCUGAAGAGCGAGCUGAGUGGCAGCGAGGCCAAGCUGUCCAAGCUGCGUCUCCAGAACAAGGCUAAGGUGACGUCCCUGAACGCCCAGCUGGAGGAGCUCAGGAGACAGCAGGGGGGCCCGGGGACCCCCACCAAGAAGGGGGCAGCAGAGGGCAGUGAACAGGCGAGCCGGGGGAAAGUGGUUCUGCUGAAGAAGAAGGUGGAGGAGUUGGAGCAGCUGCUCAAACAGGCUGACGCAGAACUGCAAGACAAGAGGAGGGAGGUGCUUGCUCAGCAUCGGCGUGGUGAGGAGAUGGACGCCAUGCUGGCGGACCGGGACAGGAAGCUGGAGGAGAAGGAGGCCUACAUCGUCCAUCUGCAGACGGGCCAGGCUGGAGCUCAGCCCGCCUCCACCAGCCCCCCUGCCUCCACCACCCCCCCCGCCUCAAUCAAAGUGGUGGAGGCGGUGGAGGAGGUGGGGGCGGUGGAGGAGGUGGGAUCGCUGCAGGAGCUGACCCUGCUGGUGCAGAGCCUGACCAGACAGGUGGGAGAGGGAGAGGAACGCUACAGCCUACUGGAGGAGCAGAGCCUCAGCCUGAAGCAGCUGCUGUCCACGGAGAAGGAGACCUUCAGCCAGAAGGAGAGCAUGUACAAGCAGAACAUCCAGACGUUUAAGGACAUCCUCCUGGAGAAGGACGGCCAGCUGACGGAGCUCCAGCACCAGCACCAGCAGGAGCUCUUCAGGCUGGCGGCCAAGUCUGACGCCAGCGCUGAACUGGAGCAGCUCCUCAAGGCUCUGAAGCAGAAGCUGCACGAGAAGGAGGAGGUGCUGCUGGGGAGGAACCAGGUCAUCGACGUCCUCCAGGGGGAGGUGGACGGCAGGGACCAGCAGAUCAAGGACCUGAGGGAGCGCAUGCGGCGUCUGCAGGUGGAGCGUGAGAGCCUGGAGUCCAAGAUGGAGGCGGAGAAGCACGUGAUGCGGGCGCAGCUCCGCGACCUGAUGGAGAAGCAGCAGGCAGAGGUGCGUCGGCUGUCGGAGGAGCACGGGGCGCUGCUGGAGCAGAGCCAGCAGGACCUCCGGGCCCAGCUGGAGGGGCUGAGGAGAGCCGCCGGCCAGCUGGCUCCAGGACGGGGACCCCCCGACACAGAGCCUCCGCCCAGUCCGAGGCUGGCAGAGCUGGAAGCUCAAGCAAAGCAAAAAACAGAGGAGGCAAGCAAAUCAGAAGCCAAGUUUCUGAAGACCAAAGCCUGGUCCAAGUCCCGCAUCCGGCAGCUGGAGGAGGAACUGAGGAAGAGCCAGGGCGGAGGGGCCCCCCCAGAGCUGACGGCCCUGCGCCAACGCAUCACAGAGCUGGAGGAGGAGAAGGAGGAGAGCCUCUGGAGGCUGGAGCAGUACGACCAGCUCAGAGCUCACAACGGCGUGCUGGAGCAGAAGCUGGUGGUGUACGAGGAGCAGCAGAGGAGCCUGCAGGCCGACCUGGAGCAGGUCACCCAAAGGGCCACCUCGCAGGCCAGCGAGUCGGGCAGCGCGGACGAGCCCCAGAGCACGGUGCUGGAGUGGCAGGAGAUGGUGUCUGAGGCGGUGAGCAGCAGAGACCACGCCCGGGGGGAGAAGGCCUCCAUGGCGCUACGGAUCUCCCACCUGGAGGAGGAGAGAGAGGCGCUGGUCAGCCGACAGCAGGAGCUGGAGGAGGAGCUGACCCGGGCCCGCGGGCAAGGCACUCACCGGGCCCCGCGGAGAGGCGGCCCGGCCCCACGAAGCCUGCAGGAGGACUUUGAGUUUGACGGACAGGCGCCCUUCCAGGAGCCGGGCGUGGCCCCCGGGAGCACGGAGGCCAUGGAGGGGGAGAACAUGGGAGGUUGGUGGCCCGAGUACAGUUCCCCCGACCCAGGAGGACUGCGGUCGGUGGUGGCAGAGCUGGAGCUGGAGAGGAACCAGCUCCAGGAGCAGAUCCUGGGCCUAGAGGAGCAUUGCCAGGACCUGGAGGAUCGCCUGCAGCUCCAGGCCCGCAUCGAGACACUCCAGAAUGAGUCUGAGAGACUUCAAGGACAGCUCGCCAACCUCCGAAGUCAACAGAGCAGAGAUGCAGAGAAACACCAGCUACUUGUUACCAGUCUUAAUCAACAGCUAAAGGGUCUAAGUGACACUCAGGAGUGCCUGGAGAGCUCACUGAUCGAGAAGGAGAACACUCUCGCCCUGACCUCUGAGAAACUGGAGCUCAUCAACAGCCUGCGGGAAAACCUGAGGGAAAAGGAGAUCGACCUCAAAGACGUGUCUGAUAAACUCCUUUACGCUGAGCACAAUCUCAUGGAAAUUACCCAGAAAUCCAGUGGGUUUGAGAAACAGUCUUUGGGAUUAAAAGCAGAGGUUGCAGACCUCUCUCAGAAGCUCAGUCUCUUAAAGGAUAAGACUCAGAAACAAGAAGCUGCCAUAGAAACCUUCCAGACGGAGCUUGAGCAGACCAACGAAGAGCUGGACAAACUGAACACCAGCCACUUAGAGGAGCGAGCUCAGCUCAUUCAGGACCUCCAAGGCUGUGAGAGGGAAAUCGAUAAUCUCAAAGAUAUCCUGAUCGACAAGGAAAAGGAGUUAUCGGCCCUGUCCGGUAGCAUGCUGGACUAUAACGAUCAGAUCUCAGCCCUGGAGAAGGAGGUCAGGGUGAAGGAGGAGGACCUAGCUCGCACAGAAAAGGCCCUGAGCGAGGCACAGUGUCAUGCGCACAUCCUCAGAGAUUCUCAGGACUCGGACCAGCAAACCCUUAACUUAAACAUCACAGAGUUGGUGGAGAAGCUGAAGGGCACGGAGACUGAGCUGAUCAAGGCUAAGGAGGACGGAGAGCUGAAAGCAGCAGAGGUGGAGGAACUGACCAAGCAGGGCGCAGAGUACAGAAAAAACAUUCAGGUCCUCAAAGACGAUCUCCAGGAACAGGUUGUGAGCCAUAACGGUCACAUAGCUGGAUGUGAAACCCACAUCUCCUCCCUGAAGGAGCAGGUGGCCCUGUCAGCCUGUACACUACAGAAGGAUUCAGAAGGAAUCCUCAUUCAGCUCAAAGAAAAAGAUUUGUGCAAUGAUAAACUCAAGCAGGAGCUCCUCGAUAAAGAUCAGGUGUUUGACCAAGAACUCAAAUCCCUCAAAGAAGAACGUAACAAUCUCUCAGCAGAUGUGGCAAAGCACAACAUUGAUAUGCAAAAACUGUCUGAACGGCUAAAGGAACAUUUAGAGAGACAAGAGCAAUUGGAAAAGGUCACACAAGAAAAAGUUGAAACAAUAACGAUUUUAGGGGACCAACUUAAGAAUAACCAGGAACAAGCUGAAGUUGAAAAACACAAAUUCAUCACCGAAUUGCAAGCCAGAGAAUCUGAAAAUAUAAAGUUAGGAAAAGAACUAGAAAGUAAAUCAGAAAAUAUCUCUAAACUCAAGAACCUCCUAAAAAACGCCAAAGCUGAAAAACAGCAGCUGCAGGGCAAAUUAAAGGAGUUGAAUAAGGAUCUUGAUUCACAAAAGAAGAAUGUAGAAGAACUCAGUGAAAAACUAAAAUCUGCUCUUCAGCUGAACUCAAAUCUAGAGGACCAAUUUAAUCACCUGAAAGAUGAAAACGAGAGACUUGAAACACAAGUAACGGUGACAAGCAAAAAUGUUUCUGAACUUGAGAGGGAUCUGCAUAUGAAAGUUAUUGACUUUGAAAAUCAGAAUUCUGAGAAGAGCAAAAUGAUUCAAGUCCUUCAAAGAGACGAAGAGGGGUUGAGGGUUCAAACCCAGGAACUGAACAGAGUCCUUGAGCGAAGCUCUCAGUCCAUUUCAGAGAAAUCCAACAAAUGUGAUCAUCUCAACCAAUUGCUUAGCACUAAGGAGAAAGAGGUAACCCUGCUAAAAGAAAACAUUAAAAGUGUAUCAUCUCAUGUUGAGGAGCUCCAGAAUGGCAUCAAGGAGAGAGAGCAGACCCUUGCUGAUCUCAGGGUGGUGAUAACCACCAAUCAAAACCAACACAGUGAACUGACAGAAACGCUGUCUCUUCUUCAGGAACAGCACUUAUCCCUGAAGUCUGAUCUCAUUGAGAGAGAAGUAUCUUUAACGCAAAAAGAGGAGGAGUGCACCAUGUUGCAGAAUGAUAUUGUCCAAAAGACCUCUGUUAUAUCAGAUGACCAGGCAGAGUUUGAAGCAUUAAGAGUACAAUGCUCAAACCUCCAACAGCAAAUUGAAGGCAAAGAUGAUGUGUUGAAAAAUGUAACACAAGAAUGUAAGAAUUACAAAGAGAAUCUUGUUAGUAGGGAUAAAAAGGUGACAUCGCUUACCAACAAACUCUCUGCCAUUGAGGUAAAUGUCACAAAGCUAGAAUCUGAAAAGGCAGAGGCAAAGACAAGCCUUGACAACUUUGAUGCCAAGAACAUUGGACUGAGAAAAGAGCUUGAACUUAAACAAGUAGAAAUGUCUGGUUUCCAUGGACACAUCCAAGCACUUACAGAGCAAAAUCAUCAACUGCGUGCUGCUUGUGAAAUCAGGGAAAAGGAGCUUGCUCAGCAAAUACAGGUAGCAUAUGAACUAGAUGGAAGACUAAAGGGGCUUCUUGAGCAGAACUCAAAUUUAAGCGUUGAAGUGGUCAAUCUCUCAGAGGAAAGUAAACAACUGAAAGAAGAUUUGGCACAGAAGAUUCAGUCAUUCGCCGAAGUAGUAUCUGAGAGGAAUUUGCUUCAAGAGAAAGUUCUCGGGCUCGAAAUGCAACAUUCUGAAAAACGGAAAAUUAUAGAAGGACUUUUGAAAAAGAUAGAUGAUCUUACAUUGGAAACAGUUGAAUUAAACAAUGUCCUUGAGCAAAACAAACGGACCCAUGCUGAAAGUUUGCUGCUUAAAUCAGCUGAAUGUAAGAAUCUCUCAGACACAUUAAGGGCGAAGGAAGAUGAAGCUGAAGCUUUACAAGAACAAUUGGACCGUUUGACAACACAAUUGAAUCAACUCAACCUUUCAAUGACUGAAAAGGAAACCAUCUUUUCUGAGCAAUGUGCUAACAUGGAAGCUCAGAACAAUCAAAUGAUGCAACUGCAUGAAACUUUGUCUCUUCUUCAAGAACAAGGUUCUGCUCUGAAGUCGGGGUUGAUGGAGAAAGACACAAUGCAUCAGCAGAAAGUUGUGGAAUGUUCUGCUUUUCAGAAAGAGUCGAUGCUGCAGAAAGAUACUGUAUCCAAGAUGCAGGGUGAGGCUGCAUCACUAAGGGAGGAAUGUUUGGAUCUACAUCGACAAAUGGAAGAAAAGGAACAGUUUUUGAGAAAUGUAUCCCAUGACCUUAGAAAUCACAAAGAUGAACUGAACAUGCAGAAUGAAUUGGUGGCAUCGCUCACCAAUCAGCUUGGUGUGAUGACUGAGAUUUCAGGAAAGACAGAUAUUGAAAUCAAUAACCUCAGAUCUGCUGUUGAAACUGUUUCAACAGAAAACCAGCAACUUGUAGAUCAAGUAAAUCAUAGGAAAACAGAGCUUGAACAUUUCAGGAACAAUAUUCAAGCUCUGAAUGAAAAGUAUGCAGUGUUAAAUUCAGAGCAUCAGAAAACAUUGGUUGAGCAGUCCAAAUUACUUGAGAAUGUCUCAAAUCUCAAAGAGACAGUCUCUGAUAUGGAAAACCAGGUGUCUAACUUGACAGAAGAACUAAAAAUGGCAUGCUCAAUUAGUGAAAGUCUUGGUUUGACUGUCCAAGAGAAAGAAGACUCUCUUAAACAGCAAGGGUAUUUCCUUCAGCAGUUGCAAGCAAAGUCUGUAGAGACUGAGGGCCAGACAAGCCAGAAGUCACUGGUCAUCACCCAGCUUCAGACUCAGAUUCAGAACCUUCAGCAGUGUCUUGAAAAUAAAGAGGCCAUGUUGCAACAGAAUGAGAAAGACCUUUGUUUAACCAAGACAGAAUUGACUGGUGAAAAGACUAAACUCCAAAAUGACAUUGAUUUAAAUGUAGAGACCAUAGCAAGAAUCAAGAGAGAAUUGAGUGAUGCAGUGGGAAAGAACACCGAACUUGGCAGUCAGUUAGCUAAUCAAGAGAUUCAGAUGAAAAUAAUGGUUGAUAAAAAUUGCAAUUUAGGUUCACAAGUGACCCAAUUUGAUGACUUGAUUCUAAUCCUGAGAAAUCAGAUUGACAUUCUAAACUCAGAGUCCUCUGUGUUAAAAGCCACUGUGAAGGAAAAGGAAAUCGUUAUGCUUGAAUUUCAGAAGACAUCAUUGGCAGCCAGUGAAAACUUGAACUCAAAAUUUGUUGCCAAAGAAACUGAAUGUGGAAGCCUGAAAGAGCAGCUUUCACACAUUCAAGAAUCUCUUGCAAAGCUAAACGACAGUCUCCAAGCACACAUGUCCGAAAUCCAAAGUCUAAAAGAAACAAUUAAAGAAAAAGAAUCCCUUCUUUUAGUACAUACUAAGUCUCUUGAGGAGAUGCAAACAAAAGCAGAAGAGACAACCCUUAUCAGGGCUCAGUUCAUGCAGAGUACUGAGUUGAUAUCACAGUUACAGAGUCAGGUUCAGCUGUUCUCCACAGAGUCCGCACAUUUCAGCAAGUCUGAAGAAGAGAAGCAAAGUGCCUUUAGCAGCCUCCAAGAUAAAUAUGCAGAACUCUCAGAGGAGAUACAAAUUGCCAGAAAUCUACUGACUAUAAGAACUGGCGAAGUAACAAAUCUUUCAAAGUCCCUUGAUGACAGUAAUUCUUCUCUUCAGGCUGCAGAGGAUAGUGUAGAUAUUCUUAGAAAGGAGUUAUUGUCAACCAAGGAAGAACUUCGGGAAACUCUUGAGCUAAAUUCUAGUUUGUCAAAACAAAACGAGGAAGCCGUCUCUAGAUACAAAACAAACACAUCAUUGCUGACAAUGGAGAUGGAGAGUCUGAAAUCCAAACAUGUUCAGGUAGAAGUACAGAAGAAUCUGCUGACAGAAAAACUUGAGCAGAGAAAAAUGGACCUUCAUGCAAUAAACAGCCAGUACACAGGCCAGGCCAAACAGAUGACCAACCUGGUUUCUGAACUUCAGAGGCUGGAGGAGCAAAAUAAAAGUCUGCAUGAGGGAAUCGGUUCAUUGAGAGAAGAACACCAGAUCAAUCUCACCUCCAUCAAUAAUGAAAAUAUUAGUUUGAAGGAGGAGAUUAACACGUUUGUUGCAGAGAAGGAGACGCUGGAGCAAAGGCAUGUUGAACAUACAAGGUCCACACAGGAGGAGCUGCAGCAGCUGACCAGCCACAUGAAUGAAACCGUGGAGAAAGCCAAGUCCGAAAAGGAGAAGCUCCAAGAUGAGGAGGUCCGUCUGAAGGUUCUUGAUCUCCAGAAGGCCUUGGAGGAGGAGCAGGCCUGCAGACGUCUCACAGAGCAGGACCUCCGCAGCGCCCAACUCCAGCUCGCUGAGAUGAGGUCUGAAACCAGCAGGCUGCCGAGCGAAGCCCUGAGGCAGAACCAGGAGGCCAACGGGGGUCACCCCAAGCAGCCCCUCAAGGAGGCGCUGGAGCUGCUGGGAGGGAGCCAGCAGGAGGUGAAGCAGCUGCAGGCCGAAAGGAUCCACAUCCACCGAGAACUGCAGCGAUGUCUGGUGGAGAUCCAGCAGAGGGACCAGUACUCCCAGCAGCUCAACCACAAGCUCCUCCAGGCCCAGGAGCAGCAGGGUGCUCUGGCCGCCCAGCUCCGAGCCGUCUCCCAGUCGCUGCGUGACUCCCAGCAGCACUGCCACUGGCUGGAGGCCCACAGCGCCCCGCUGGGGUCAGUGUGUGCCCAGGUGGCCCCCGGGGCGCCGCAGGAGAAGAGCAGCCACUCCAUCACCAUGGAAACCAGCGAGGCGUCUCUACUCCGGGAGAGGCUGCUGGAGGUGGAGCAUACUCUGUCUGAGGAGCGGAACAGAAGAGAGGCGGCAGAAGAAUCUCUCAGUCAUGCAGAGGAGAGAGCAAAGAGCCUGGCCUCCAGUAGCCCCGCCCCCGCGGCCCAGAGGGACUUCACCGUCCAGCUGGAGGCGGAGGACGACUGGGGGGCCCUGGCCCUCAGCCCGGGGCAGCCGCUCCUCACACGCAGGGUGAAGGGGAGUGUCCUGGCUUGCCGCCGCUGGCUGCGUGGGAGGAGCCUGUACUGCUCCAAGCUGCUGACGGGCCGCGCCCGCUCCAGACACGCCUUCCUGGCCUACCUGCUCCUGCUGCACGCGCUGCUGCUCAUGUGCCUCUCUGGCGCCCUCUAGGGCCCACUGGGGCCCUCUGGGGCGAGGCACCAGGACGUCACCACAUCCAGAGAGCCUGUAGGAAACCAGGACUUGGAAAGAGAAGCAGAAAGACUCACUGAUUCUUUCUGUUAUGGUGACAUGACGACUUGGACGCCUUGUUUUUAUUAAAUCAAGCUUAGGGCUAUAGGGCCUAGAACCUUAGGGCCUAGAACCUUAGGGUCCUAGGGCCUUAGAGCCUAGGGCCUCGAGCCUAGGGCCUUAGGGUCUUAUGGCCUUGGGGCCUUAGGGUCUUAUGGCCUUGGGGCCUUAGGCCUUCAGACCCUAAGGCCCCAGGCGAUAAGGCUGUAAGGCCCUAGGACCCUAAGGUCCUAAGACUCCAAGACCCUAAGGUCCGUCGGCUCUCAGGCCCCUGUCUCUGUGGGGGGCCACGCCCGCCUCCUUCAUAUUGCACGUAAUCCAUCACUGCUGCUGCUGCUGCUGACCAGAGAAUCUAUGCACUCCGUCUCCUCACUGUGUUGUGUAUGUUCCAGUUUAUUAUCAGUCCCGAAGCACUAAACACACACAAACACACACACACAAGGUACCCCCUAACACACACACACACACACACACUGGUUCCCCUUUAAAGGGCUCUAAUGGCGUGGUAAUGACUCCCUAAAUGGUACGGUCUCAGGAGACGUCUAACUAUACGACGUCUAGCGAGAGAAAGACGUGUAACAAGGUUAAAUGGCUUUUCUUUGUGUUUAGUAAGGUUACUGGAUUUACAUGAUUGUGUUAAAUGUAUUUAUACAAUUCUUUAUGCUCUGACAUCUCAUGGUUUUGUUGAAGCUAAGCUCACUGGAUGGAUCAUUGGUGUUUAUGUGAUUAUGUAUUUGAUUGGUUGUAUUAAGGGGGUUCGUUAAUUUGGGGAAACACUACAGUGAGACGUGAAUUUGGGCGUUUGAUUGUUGAUCCGAUUAAGUGAUGAAACUGCUUCUGCUGGGAUCUCUGUAUUGAUUGUAUAUAUUGGUGGAAAAGAAAAAUCUAUUUAUAAAUUAGAUUACUACUGAGAUAUUUAAGAUGUCAUAUUUUCUUAUAGCUUUAUUUCUAUUUGUUUGGUUUUCAAAAGGUUCUGGAAGAGAGUUUUUUGUUGGACAGGUUAAAUGUGUGUGAACGACAUGACGUCAUCUUCAUUCAAGUGGUUUGAAGGCCUCUUGAGAUUAUUUUAAUAAAACCAUUUGACUUUG